AUGAAUCGACAACGAGAGGCCGAAAAGGCCCUUCAUGAUCAAACAAAUAUUCUACCCUUCGCGCAACUCAUGGUUGUCUUCACGGGUCUGGCAAUUUCUUUGCUGAUUUGCAUGGUGGAUCAGAAUGGUAUCAGUGUCACGCUACCAACGAUCUCACGCGAACUUGGGGCCCAGAAUACGAUAUCUUGGGCUGGAACCUCAUCGCUAAUUGCAAAUACCAUGUUCACGGUGCUAUACGGCCGACUGUCAGAUAUCUUUGGCCGGAAGAUUAUGUACAUCUCCGCAUUGGUGCUGUUGUGUAUUGCAGACUUGCUCUGUGGUUUAUCCCAGAACCCGGCUAUGUUUUAUGUUUUCCGAGGCUUGGCUGGUGUCGCUGGUGGUGGUGUUACCUCCUUGACGAUGAUUAUUGUCUCCGAUAUCGUGACCCUGGAAAAGCGAGGCAAGUACCAGGGUAUCCUGGGUGCAUCACUGGGUCUUGGUAAUAUCAUUGGACCAUUUCUGGGUGCUGCAUUCACCAUGCGUUCAACGUGGCGCGGUUUCUUCUGGCUGAUUUCUCCAUUGGCUGCUUGCUCUGCAGUCGUCGGAUACUUCCUCAUUCCGAAUAAUGCACGCAAAGAUAGCUUCCGGGAAAACGUUGGACGCAUUGACUGGUUCGGGCUAUUUGCCUCGUCCAUUGGUAUCAUUUUCCUCUUGAUUCCUAUCUCGGGAGGUGGAUCCUAUUUCCCCUGGGAUUCACCGAUGGUCAUCAGUAUGCUCGUUAUCGGAGGUUGUGCAUUUGUCGCAUUCUUCUUCAUUGAGUGGAAAGUGGCUACACUUCCGAUGCUACCAGUGGGUUUCUUCAAAAAUAAGGUUGUCUCUGCAAUAUUCGUGCAGACGUUUCUGUUUGGUGCCGUUUACCAGGCAAAUCUCUACUACCUGCCACUGUACUACCAGAAUGCCCGUGGCUGGUCACCAAUUGCCUCAGCAGCCAUGACAUGUCCUAUGGUUGCCGCCCAGUCAAUCUUUUCAAUCACAUCUGGGCUGUACAUCUCGCGAGUAAAGCGCUAUGGUGAGGUCAUCUGGACUGGAUUUGGCUUGUGGACCUUGGGGUCUGGCCUCAUGUUAUUGCUCGGUACCCACACCCAUCCAGCCGUUAUUGCAGUCAUUGUGGCACUCAUGGGCGCCGGAAUUGGCUUCACAUUCCAACCCACUCUCGUGGCCCUGCAAGCACAUUGCACCAAGUCUCAAAGAGCAGUUGUGAUUGCAAACCGCAACUUCUUCCGCUGCAUUGGUGGCUCAUGUGGUCUCGCCAUCUCUGCAGCAAUUCUGCAGGCCACUCUUCGCUCUCACCUACCAACCAAAUUCGCGUACCUGGCAGAGUCUUCGUACUCGCUUCCUUCAAGAGCGAAUCUCAGUGCAACUGAGUGGGCUUCAAUCCUCAUGUCUUAUAGCAAGGCUUCUCACGCAGUAUUUAUCCUCCAGGUCCCUCUCAUUGGGGCGUGUUUCCUGACAUGUGCCUUCGUGCGUGACAGAGGUCUGGUGCGACCAAAAGAGCCGGAAGAGAUAGAAGGGGAGAAGCGAAAAGCCCAAGAAGCAAGAGAUACCGAGGCCGCUCCUUCUGAAUACACUGAGGAGUCUGUCGACCAUGAUACAAACCACCAGGGCGAGAAGCGUCAUUCUAUGUCGACACUCGCCGAAUCAAAGAUGUCGCCUUCUCGGGCGGAACCUUACACCGAAGAAUACGGAGAGAACCAACAACAACAGCACCGAGCCACUUGA